AUGGAUCUAGAUGAUCACACCCAUAUGAAAAUGGGUGAAGAACAUUCUGAAGACCAAUCACAUAACGUGGAGAACGAUGACUCUACCGCAGUUCCUCAGACAACAAUGCCCGAGACUGUUGAAAUAUCAUUGGAUGAUGAUGUGGCAGAAAAUAAUGAAAUAAAAACCAUUGAAGAAGAGAGGAGAGAAGAAGCUGAAAUGGAAAGCAUUGCACUUGAUAAUUCAGUUUCAGAGGAUGCUAGUCGUGUUUCUUCGGAAAAUGUUAGUCAAUCAACUAAUGAUUUUGAAAAAGAGGAUGGUCAGAUUAUUGAUGUUAUGAUUGAAUCGGUAGAGGAGAUUGUUAAACAAGAAGAGUCUGCUCCGGAACCUGAAAAUGAUCUUGACGCUGAAGUUGCUGUUUCGAAUGGGUUUUCCACUUUGUCGCUUGAAGACUCUAAAGCUGAACCAAGCUUAGAGCCUUUACCUGAAGGCAAAGUCUUAGAGGUUGAAGCUGUUGCAUCACUUCCAAGAAUCAUGUCCAAGACUACAACAAUUCAUAACAGCAAUGAAAGCCCUCAAGAAAUUUUUGAGAGGUUAAUAAAAGGAAUAAAGGAAGAAACUUUAGAGCGCUCUGAGAUUGUUGAUCAACUGUUCAAUGUGCUGGUAGACGGACAGUUUGAUUUGGAAUCCCGAUUUAUCAUCGAAGAUUUUACAAAUGUGGAUCGAAUGCUUACUCUCUUGACUCAUUGUAAUGAGCCCCUUCAGGCCGAAAUAUGGAGUGUUUUUGUUGCUCUGGUAAAGAAGAGUAAUCGGAAUUUAGAAGCUUGUUCGCGUGUUAGUUUGAUAACUAGAAUUCUCGAGAUAUUACCAACUGCUAAUGAAGUUCCCACCGAUUUGCUCAUUCAAUUGCUCGGUUUGCUGACGACAUAUUCUAUAACAGUCAAAGAAACCAAACUAUUUCUUCGCUCCUUACAAGCAGUUGAUAAUGCUUGGCCUGCACAUGCUAUGAAGCUGUUACAAGUAAUGACAGAAAUGCCUCAAAACGACUGUGCUGAUGUAUUCUUCUCUUUCCCGGGUAAAGCUCAAGCAGGUAUCAUUAUUCCACCGUUAGCGAAAUUCCCUCAACAACAAGGAUGGACAUUUGCUACAUGGCUCCGAAUGGACCCACUUAAUAGUGUAACUUUUGAGAAGGAACGACCUUAUUUAUAUUGUUUCCGAACGAGUAAAGGUGUUGGGUAUUCUUGCCAUUUCACGGGUAAUUGUCUAGUAAUCAAUUCUGAAAAAACUAAAGGAAAGCCACUAUCAAAAUGCAUGAAGGCCGAACUAACUCCUCGUCGUUGGCAUCAUGUAGCAAUAGCUCAUCAUUAUUCUCGUUGGGGUAGAAGCGAAAUUAAAUGCUAUUUGGAUGGUCAGUUAGCAGAAAGUGUAGAUAUGAGCUGGGCUUUAUCCACUACGGAUCAUUUCGAUCGGUGUGCCAUAGGAGUGUCCCCUGAAGGUGAUGCUGAUAGUGCCUUUUGUGGGCAACUCGGAGCAGCUUACUUGUUUUCUGACGCUCUAACAUUGCAACAGGCACAUUCUCUGUUCUGCUUGGGACCCGCAUAUCAGUCUUAUUUCAAGCAUGAUUCUGAAAGUAAUUUACCAGAAGGUUACAAGAAACAUUUGUUCGAUGGACGUCUCAACAACUCUCUUGUUAUGGCAUACUGUCCGAAGAACUGUCAUGGCCAAUUGUGUUUACAUGCUCCACAAAAAACAAAUACUGGAUACUUCGUGCAAAUUCCACAUGCUGUUAUGAAAGAAGGAGUUGAAGUUAUUACAACUCAUUCGAUUCAUAAUUCAUUGCAAUCUGUUGGCGGUAUCCAAAUUCUUCUCCCACUCUUUUCUCAGAUAGACUUGCCUCUUCAGGAUGGUACUGCUGUUAACCAGGACGUUUGCUCAACUCUGCUUUCAUUGAUAUCUAAAUUGUUACGUAGCUCCCAAACCAGUCAACAACAACUUUACCAUAGCAAAGGGUUUCUUAUUAUAUCUCACGCUCUUCAAAAGGCAAAUUCGUCUCACUUAACCAUGAAAGUCGUGGAGGGUGUCAUAGGGAUGGCUAAAUUCUUGUUAACUUGUCCAGCUGGAAUUUUGUUAUUGAAGCAACUUUUCGAUCAUAUCCUUUUUAACCCAAAACUCUGGAUCAAUAGUGACCCCACUGUCCAGAAGCAUCUGUAUACCUACUUAUCCACUGAAUUCUUGGGUAACUCUAUUUUCCCUCAAAUUUUGAGGCGAGUCCCUACAGUUGUUGAAAUGUGCCAUGCGUUGAAACAUUUUUAUUGGGUGUCGCCACCAGCAGCCCCAUCUACCUACACAGUGGAACAGCGAGACGAGCAAUUCCCUAUUAAUUGUGUUAUUGAUAUAAGAAAAGAGAUUUUACGUUUCAUGAGAAGAUUGAUUACCAUGACUUCUGAUGAAGGAGAAAAUAAUCGAGAUGAAGAAAUUCAUACUUUACUCAACUUCGUUGCUACUGUGAAUGAAGACGAUAAUCUUUAUGAUGUUCUGGAGCUCUUAGUUUCGUUGCUGAGUGAGCAUCCAGCAAUGAUGAUUCCUGCCUUAGAUAAGAACAGAGCACUUGGUGUUGUUUUCAAACUUCUAACGUCACCAAACCAAUUGAUUCGUUUACCAGCGCUUAAACUUUUUGGUUUCUUCCUACAAAGAGCUACGUUGAAAAGAAAGAAUGAAAGUGUCUCAUCUCUCAAUCUUUAUACACUCAUUACUGAGAGGCUACUUUUGCAUUGCUCAUUUUUAUCUAUUCCCAUCUAUAACAUAUUAUUCGAAGUACUAGUAGAGAGAGUCACUGGAACCACUAACUUCUUGCUCCAACAUCCUGCUCGACCAGAUUGGCGAUUUGAAAAUCCUACCCUUCUUAAAGUGAUCGCCAACUUGAUUCAACAGUCAGAAGAAACCGAAGAGUUGUUGUCAGUCAAAAAACAUUUCUUACUUGACUUGAUCAGCAUGUGUCGUGAUGUCAAAGAAAAUCGAAGGACGAUACUGCAAAUGUCUGUAUGGCAGGAAUGGCUUAUUUCACUGACUUACAUAUUCCCACAAACCGAGCCGGAAGCCGAAAUCUCUGAAUUAGUAUACGAAAUUUUCUCCAUUCUUUUGCACCACGCCGUGCGCUAUGAGUACGGUGGCUGGCGUGUUUGGGUAGAUACUUUAGCUAUUGCGCACUCGAAGGUUAGCUGGGAAAGGUUUAAGCAACAGUCCAGCCCUUCCAAAGUUACAUCUAAUGAUCCAAAUAAUGAAGAAGAAGAUAAGAAGAGUGCAGAUGAAAAACCAACGCCAAUAUACAGAACUCCAGAGUUUUCUUGGUCUCAUGUGCAUUUACGUUUACUGAGUGAUCUUCUGACAAGUAUUGAGGGUAUCGUCGAUGAAUGGCGAGUCCCCGAGAAUCCAUCAGCAGCCACUGAUCAAUGCAAUCAUAAUGAUAAUCAGAUAUUUGUCGGAAACGCAGUUCAUGUUAUAUCCCAAUUGUCGGACAGCCUGAUCAUGGCUUGUGGUGGUCUAUUGCCACUGUUGGCAUCAGCUACAUCUCCAAAUAGCGAGCUGGAAAUUAUUGAUGCAACCCAGCAAGAUCUACCUAUUGAAAGUGCAGCACAUUUGCUAUCUCGUUUUGUCCAGUUGGCGGAUGUCUUUGUUCUGAAUAGUAGUGUCUCGUUUUCUGAGCUAGAACAUGAAAAAAACAUGCCUACAGGCGGAGUGCUCCGGCAGGCGCUUCGUUUGGUAGCGACUUCUGCUGUUCGUCACAUUCUUGCUGCUCGUGUAUCCAGGCCCGAUUAUAACCAUGGGCAGUCCUUCGAUGUCAACUCUUGCCCUAGGAAUCAGGCUAUCUAUAAAUUUGUUCGCGGAGCUAUAGAAGCUCAAGGGAAAGAAGGCAUAACAAAUAUGGAUCAUAUCCUGCAGGAGGUAGAUUUGACCCGAGUUAAAGGAAUAGUGUACCGAGAUAUGGUGGAGGAAAACAGACAAGCCCAAUUUUUAGCUUUGGCAGUAAUUUAUUUACUGUCAGUCCUGAUGGUAUCUCGUUACAGGGAUAUUCUAGAACCACCAGUUACACCUAGUCCAUUCUUCAACUCUACGACUACAGGAGAAGAAAGUGAGAAUCACAAGAUAUCAGUGUCAUCCGAAAAGAGUGAAGUUCCGUCAUCUCCAAUUGAGGAGUCUGGUGUCAGAAAUGAGCAAGAGCAGCAACCUGGAAUUACUUCGAUCAACGUUGCCCCGAAAGUAUUGAAAGGCGAUGGCAAUGAUUACAAAACAGAUGAGCUAUCAAAGAUCGGGGGUGGUACAACACAAACUCCAGCAAUGGAGCCUGGAGAGCGUAGACAGUAUUUGACUGAUAAGCUUCAAAAAGCCCUAGAGACUACUGCGCCACUUUUACGAGAGAUCAUGAGUGAUUUCAGAUCUUAUUUACAGAAGACGUUAGUUGGUACUCAUGGGCAGGAAAUAAUGAAUGAUACCAGAGUUUUGGAAACCUUGAAGAGUAGGCAAGGAUCUGUGAUCGAGCUUGUUAUGCUUUUAUGUUCACAAGAAUGGCAAACCUCAUUACAAAAGCAUGCUGGACUGGCUUUUAUCGAACUUGUCAACGAAGGACGACUGAUGGCUCACGCUACUAGAGACCACGUGCUACGUGUUUCUAAUGAAGCCGACUUCAUUCUUAAUCGCCUUCGUGCAGAAGAUGUUAGUAAACAUGCCCAGUUUGAGAGCGAUACGGCCGAACAGCUCCAUCAACGUCGCGAAGAAGAAUCCAGAUGUGAUCAGUUAAUUCGUAGUGGAAGAAGAAGAGAUGGUCUUGUAGCAGCUAAGCUUCUUGAUAAAAUGACUACGAUUUUGAGAAGUCCUAGUGGAGCUUGGAGUACCCAAGAUAAAUCACCACAAAUGUUCUGGAGGCUUGAUGUGUGGGAAGACGAUAGCAGAAGAAGGAAGAGAUUUGUUCCCAACGUAUACGGAAGCAAGCACUCCGAAGCUAGCGUUAUUUCUGAGCCAGAAGAGAAUGAGACAGAAGAAAAACGACUUCGUAGGAUUGCGUCCAGUAUUGCUCCCGGAAAAGGUCAAUCCUCAGAAUUGGUUGAUGAGAGCGAUAUUGAUAAAUGGGCUGCUGAAGUUGAUCCACCCCCCAGUAGCGAAAGCACUAGCUAUAGCACAUUUGCGAAGUUAAUUGCGCCUGGACUCAUAGUACCAGGAACCUUGUCUAUCACGGCUACUGAUCUUUAUUUUGAUGCUGAUGAAGAACAUCCUUUGUAUAAGCAACAAGACGCAAAAGUAAGUUCAAAAUUUUAA